AUGUGGUGGUGCUCGAAUUUUCGUGAUGUUCAGGAUCGACUCGGGCUACUCUUCUUCAUUUCCAUCUUCUGGGGAGUGUUCCCAUCUUUUAAUUCUUCAUUUGCCUUCCCUCAAGAGAGAGCAAUCUUCAUGAAAGAAAGGGCUUCGGGUAUGUACACUCUCUCGUCCUAUUUUAUGGCACGAAUUGUGGGCGAUCUACCAAUGGAGCUCAUUCUCCCGACGUUUUUCCUCACCAUAGCCUAUUGGAUGACGGGGCUAAAACCUGAAUUGGGGGCCUUUCUUUUGACACUCUCCAUUGUGCUCGGUUACGUGCUCGUGUCUCAAGGGCUAGGCCUUUUUCUUGGAGCUCUGAUCAUGGAUGCCAAACAGGCUUCAAUGGUGGUCACUGUCAUAAUGCUAGCAUUUGUUUUGACAGGUGUGAGCCACCUUGAUGGUGCAAGUGAGAGAGAAAGACCCAAUGUGAAACAAUCCCUUGUAUCAUCCUACGACAACUUGCUAGCCCCAAAGGUGAAAGUUGCCUGCAUGGACACCUCAAGUACUAUACCAAAAGAAAUUAUGAUAAUUGAAAGCCACAAAAAGCACAGAAUCAGGUUCAUCAAUGGCUUCUCCACUUGGUUUAAUCAGUUCAGCAUUCUCCUCCAAAGAAGCCUCAAAGAGAGAAGGCAUGAAACCUUCAACUCUCUCAAGGUCUUCCAAGUGAUUGCAGCCUCAUUAUUAGCCGGUUCCAUGUGGUGGUGCUCGAAUUUUCGUGAUGUUCAGGAUCGACUCGGGCUACUCUUCUUCAUUUCCAUCUUCUGGGGAGUGUUCCCAUCUUUUAAUUCUUCAUUUGCCUUCCCUCAAGAGAGAGCAAUCUUCAUGAAAGAAAGGGCUUCGGGUAUGUACACUCUCUCGUCCUAUUUUAUGGCACGAAUUGUGGGCGAUCUACCAAUGGAGCUCAUUCUCCCGACGUUUUUCCUCACCAUAGCCUAUUGGAUGACGGGGCUAAAACCUGAAUUGGGGGCCUUUCUUUUGACACUCUCCAUUGUGCUCGGUUACGUGCUCGUGUCUCAAGGGCUAGGCCUUUUUCUUGGAGCUCUGAUCAUGGAUGCCAAACAGGCUUCAAUGGUGGUCACUGUCAUAAUGCUAGCAUUUGUUUUGACAGGUGGGUAUUAUGUGCAUAAAAUGCCCUAUUACAUGGCUUGGAUCAAGUACAUUUCCUCCACAUUUUACAGCUAUAGGCUUCUGAUUAAUAUCCAAUAUGGAGGAGGAGAGAGAAUUUCAUAUUUUCUGGGUUGUUUCCACCAGGGAAACAAUAGUGCAAGUUGCAAGUUCAUUGAAGAAGAUGUUGCAGGGCAAAUCCACCCUGCAAUGAGUGUCUGCAUCUUGGUUUUCAUGUUUGUUGGUUACAGAUUGCUGGCUUACUUUGCCUUGAAGCGUAUUAGAGCUUAA